AUGGCUAAUAGUUACAAGAUGAAGGAGUUCAGCUCCACGGCUGUGAUCACUGAAAAUGCCGUCUUCCCAUCAACAAUAUCCAUCAACACGAUGAACACUAAGUGCAAAGAAACUGAGAUAGAGGACGCUUACGAUCCCUUCCAGAACAGAAAGCUGGAGCAUCCGAACUCUGACGUCCGUUCGUUCGCAAAUCUUCUCAAAUCAUCGCUCGGUUCAGGUAUCCUAGCGAUGCCGGCAGCAUUCAAGAACGCAGGGACUGUCGUCGGUAUAUUUGGCACAGUAAUACUGGGAUAUAUUUGCACUCACUGUGUUUAUUUAUUGGUGAAAACAUCACAAGAUGUAUCAAGAGUAACGAAAGUCCCAUCGCUGGGAUAUGCUGAAACAGUGGAAGCUGUAUUUGCUACAGGACCCCAGCCUCUUCGAAAACUAUCAAGAGCUAUGAGAAUAUUUAUAGAUUGGGCGAUGGCCUUCACAAUUCUUGGCGCCUGCGCAGUAUAUGUCAUACUAAUAGAGGAAUCCGUUAAACAGAUAGUGGACCACUUUUAUCCUGACAGUGGUAUUACAACAACCAUGUACUGCCUAAUGUUUCUAGUACCAAUUCUAAUAUUCACACAGAUAAAAAACUUAAAAUAUAUAGCACCUUUUUCUGGAUUUGCUAAUGUACUUUUAGUGUUAACUUUUUUAAUUUGUCUCUAUUACAUUUGCUCUGAAUUCCCAAGUUUCGAUUCACAACCAAUGUCUGUAGAAAUUGGUAAAUUGCCGCUUUUUAUCGGUACAGUUAUAUUUGCUAUGGAAGGGAUCGGUGUAGUGUUGCCAGUUGAAAACACCAUGGCCAAACCUCAGCACUUUCUUGGUUGUCCCGGAGUCCUAAAUAUUACCAUGGCAAUAGUGGUGCUGCUUUAUAUGGUUAUGGGAAUACUGGGCUAUUUAAGAUAUGGUGACAAAGCUGAAGGCAGUAUUACCAUUAAUCUUCCUACACAAGAAAUACCAGCGUUGAUGGCUAAAGUGUUUAUAGUUUUGGCAAUAUUUUUCACCUACGUUCUACAGUUUUAUGUGCCCAUGGAAAUUGUUUGGCGCAACACCAAAGAGAAGGUCUCUCAGAAGUAUCACAACCACGCUCAAGCCAUUAUAAGAGCCUUCUUUGCAGCUCUGACCGUCGUUGCUGCAGCGUCCUUACCAAAACUCGAACAAGUGAUCGGACUAGAGGGUGCUUUCUUCUACUCUUUUCUUGGACUGGUGGCGCCCUCACUAAUGGAAAUCAUUUUCUGUUGGGACAGAGGACUUGGCAAAUACAACUAUAUUUUAAUAAAAGAUAGUAUUCUUGCCAUAUUUGGAAUGUUUGUACUUGUUACCGGCGUUAUGCAAAGUAUUAAAGAAAUUAUCAGAACAAACGGCUAA